AUGAGUAGAAAUGGAGUUAUGAUCGUUUUAGUGAAGACUGGUCCAAAUAGCCGGAACCUCACAAGUAUCAUUCAGCGCCCAAGCCGCGCACAUCGGCCGACCGAGGAACCAUCGUCCCAUGGUCGAGCCGCGCAGCGCACCAUCACUUAUCCAGCAUACGCCCAGCAACACGCACGACCGCACCGCUUGAACCGGGAAGCAUCAUCCUGCGCUCGACCAGCCCACUUCCCGCACGACCGCACUGUCCGACCAGGAGUCCAACGUCCCGCGUCCUGCCCGGCCGACCCCGACGACCGAACGUAUAAUCAUCCGGCCACGAUCGUUCCGACCGUACCGAAGCCCAAUCACAACCCAAUAGCCGGCCAAACACGCCGAACGGUCUGGUCGACCCAAGCCCAUUUUUGA